AUGUCCGCACCUUCAUACAUACCGUUCCAGGAAAAGUCUCGUUUACUUAAAAGAGGUGAAGAAGAAGACGAUGAAGACGACGAUGAUGACGACGAUGAUGAUAGUGGUAGUGAUAGUGAUAGCGACGAUGAAGGACACAAUGAGAAAGAUAGCGAUCAAUACCAAGAAAAGAUACAAAAAGAAGAAUCAUGGGAAGAAAACGAUAUGCAAAAAAUGGGACCUGUAAAAGUACAAGUAUCUCAAAAUGUUCAAGUCGGCGCUUCCAGAGCUCCUCAUUUGCAGCCAUCCGAGUUUAGUCCGAUAGCUACAUUAAAUCCUGUUGUAUUGACUGUAACUACAGAAAAGACAAUUGUCUCCGAAAGUACAAAAACUGCACCCACUGUCACAGUUCAGCAAUCAACAACGAUCACUCAAACAGCAGAGGCAUCAACAGUGACAAUACAAACAACCUUGCUACCACCAAUACCUUCUAUAAAAGAAGUUUUAAGAUUUGUUACUAUUUCCUCGGUCAUUGAAACGACUCGGGAUCCAGAGACGUUCACAAAGACUCAAACUGCCACAGUAACAGAGAAAGCAAUUUCAACACAGACCACAACCACAACAGAAAAUGCGACUAUAACACAAGAAACUACAGCACCAGCUUCAAUAGAAAAAAUAACAUUGACAACUACCUCAGUCUCAACAAAGACAAAAAGAAUAAAAUCGGAAACUUCAACAGAAAGAGUAACCGCAACAACUACCACAACGGCCACACAAAGAAUAACCACAGAUAGAAUUACAACAUUAACGGAAGGAGAAGCUGAAACAAUUGAGAAAACAACCACAGUAACAGAACCAGCUAUCAAAACUGAUACAAUCACUUUGAUAACAACUGCGGAAAAGAAUACAUUACAAGCAGAAACGGCCGUGACGUUAAAAGAAAAGAUAGCAGAUACCACAACAGAAAAAACGACUACAACUGAAUCAGUAUAUCCAACAGCUGCAGAAGCAAAGAUAUUGACAGAAACUACAACAGAAAUUGAACCAGGAGAGACACUAACCGAAAAAACAACCGCGCUUUCAACUACUACAGCUUUAAUCACUACAACUGUCAAUAGAGAAGUCUCUACAUUUAUUUCCAGAGCCUUAACUACCAGUAUCGUUACGACAACUACUACUACUACAGAACUCUCUGCAUUGGCUACUAUAACUGCUACAACGACUGCUACUACUACAGAAGCUUCUGCAGCUACCAGAGCCACUUCGACAAUAGUUUCUACAGCAUUAUCUACAACAACUGCUACUACUACAGAGAUCCUUGAAGCCAAAAAUAUCUUUUCCACUAUUGUUUCCAUAGCGCUAGCCACUACAACUACUACUACAACUGCUACUGCUACAGAAACUUCUACACUAGUUUCUACAGCAUCAAAUACCAGAACCAUACUCUCUAUAACUACUGCCACACAAGCUUCUGCAACUACUACAGAAUUUUCCACAUUAGUUUCCACAGCAUUUGCUACUACUACAGCAUUGUCUCUAAGUACUACUACAGAACUUUCUAUAAGUACAACCACACAAACAUCUGUAGCUACCACAAAUUUCUCUACAUUAGUUUCUACAGCAUUUGCUACUACAACAGAAUUGAUUACUACUACAGCAAUCUCUACGGCAUUAUCCACUACAACAGCAAUUUCCAUCGCUACUACUACAGAGGUCUCUGCGGCCACCACAUCAAUCUCUACAAUAAUGUUUACAGCAUUGGCUACAAUCACUGCGCCUUCUUUAGCUACAGAAACUACCACAACUCUAGCAACCACUACAGCUUUAGUAACUGUAACAACCACAACAACACAGGCAACAACAGCAACAGUUACUAGUCUAGUCCCCACAACUUCGACUCGACCUGGUAGUACCAUUACAGCCAGUGGUUCCACUGUACAAGUCACACGAUAUCUACUGGGCACUGGGCAAACCAUUAGAAGGACCGUAUACGCGACUGCAACUGAACUAAUAACUAUAGGUAUUACAAGUGUUAGUGAGGUAACGAAUACAUUGUACGGAAGUACUAUCACAUCAACAGAGAAUUUUGUUAUUACCGUAGUGAGACGCCCUAGUUCCACUGUUAACUGA